AUGCUUCUGUCUUCCAGCAAGAGAGUCACCAUGAUGGGAGCGCUGGCUCUAUCUCUUGGAAUUGGAGCCAAUGCUCUCUGGGACUGUCGUACCGACCAGCAUGUCUUCCCUCUAGACAGCGACAAGUUCCUCGUGCACUUUACUUCGUGGAGGGAUAGUCACUACAAUGACGCUCAAUCUUGGAUCCGCAUCUGCCUUCCAAACGACGACGGCACCUGGUCUAAUGUUGACCCUCUUGGAUUGAAUUGUGCGCCAAAGGGGGACACAUUUUCGCCGGGACAAACCGACUUGGAUGCUGAUAUUCGUGUUGUUGGUGGUUCUGGAUGCUCUGGUGGUGAGGGUGGAGGGCUGGAUGGUGCGUCGAUCAAUUACAAAGAUCAGAGUAUCAAUCUGCAAUAUGGUGGUGAUGCUUGUGGGCCGAGGAACCAUGGGAUUACUUGUCAAUUGACGAAGUAA